AUGGAGAGCUUCUCACCCUUUCGCGUUGUGGGGAGUGUGUGCGGUGACGUGCCCAUCAGCAGCACGACGUUGUAUGGAGCCCCCGUCUUGAUGGUUGCCACGGGUCGCACUUUUCAGUUGUUUCGCGGGAAGGAGUUGUCCAUGCUGCGUGGUGGACCUCAUUUUCUCAACCGCGUACGGGCUGUAGCACAGGCAGGCAAGUACCGCUUCGUUGCCGAAGGCCCACGUGUGCAUGCCUUUACACAUCACAAGCCACUUUGGACGUGCCUGCACCACGAUAUUACACAGAGCAAAGUGAAUUACCUUCUUGCCGUUGAUGAUCUUCUGUUUUGCAUUGGACAGGACAAGCGGGUGGUUGUGCGAGGGGUGAAGACUGGGAAGCUCCUUGGGGAGUUUCUUAUUGAACGCAGUGAGGAGGUGCGUGCGGCUGUUGUGCCGGCUGGGUAUACGAACAAGUUGCUUGUUGCCACCACCGAGGGGGCGUUGCACCUGUAUAACUUUAAGACGGGUGUCUGCCUGUGGCACGCGCGACGAGAGUUGGGAUCCCAGAUGUUGUCCCUUGCAGCUAGCAACUAUAAAGACAUCAUCGCCUAUGGCACGAGUCGAGGCCGGGUAGUGGUACUUAACCUUCUUACAAAUGAGGAGAUUAUGACCUUUGAGCAUAAGGAACAAAGCGCUGUAACUGCGUUGGCGUUUCGCACGGAUAAAAGCAUCUUGGUGUCUGGAACAAGUGCAGGUGAAGUGGUUUUGUGGGAUCUUGAGAACCGCUGCCUUGAGGGUGUGCUCACACGCAGUAAACAGGUACGCUCCGAGGCUGAAGUGUUGGAAAAUCCACAUACCAACGUUGUACAUUCCAUUUUGGUCCUGCCUACGGAUAGCGCCACCAUUGUGACGGCGGGGGCCGAUAAUGCGAUGCUGCAAUUUAGGUUUGACACCGUGGAUGGUCUCGGGACACUUGUACGUGAGCGUCGUGGGCAUAUGGGUAGCUGUACCACCGCUCUUUUUUACAAUACCGAUCUACUGCUUACCGCUGGAACAGAUCGAGCGCUGCGUGUGACGCACGUCUUUUCCGAUCGUGCUUCCUGGGAAUUGUCACAGGGAAAACUGGGUCGACGUGGUCGUGAAAAACAGAUGGGUCGUGAGGCGCUGAAAAUGACACCGGCUAUUGCCAUGGCCAGUUCCACUGCGAGAAACUAUCAGUGGUCCAGUGUUGUAUCCUUGCAUGAAGCCUCUGCACAAAUGUGUGGCUGGCGCAUGGAUACACGUGCCUUGGAGUGUAAACUUAGUGGUAUUACAACUUCUAUGCAUACAGCGCGCUCCAUUGCCUUAAGCGAUUGCGGUAAUUUUGCCGUUGUUGGGUAUUCUAGCGGCAAUGUGGCUAUCAUCAGCAUUCAGAAUAGGAGUAUCAAACAACUAUUUGAUGUUGCACUUGAUCCAAACGAUCGUGCUCAUACCAGCUCUGUGGAGUGCGUUGAAAUUGCCUGUGGCAACAGUAUUGUCAUCACUGCGGGCCUGGAUGCACGUAUCAAGUUGUGGGAUCUUAUCACGGGUCAUCUGAGGUCCACCAUAAAGGUGGACUGCCCGAUGCAUAAGUCAUGCGUUCACCAGCCUUCAUCGCUCUUUAUUGUGGCGCAGCACUUCACAAUUCGUGUCUAUCACUGUAACCCUGAUGUGGGGCUCAGUGAGGAUGCCCUCGCAACACCUGUGCGAGUGUUUGACGGACAUAAUGGUCCCAUCACAGCUUUGGCUUUGGCACCUGACACUUACCGUUAUGUUGUGUCUGCCUCUGGUGAUGCCGCGCUACUCGUCUGGGAUCUCGCAGCGGCUGCUUGUGUCGGUCAGUACCGACUUGCCUCCCCCGCUCUUUCGCUUAGCUUUCACCCAGAUGCACUCUUUAUGGUCUCUACUCACACGGGUGAACGUGGCGCGUACUUGUGGUCGAACAAUUUGCGUUACGGGUUUGUGCCGGAAGUUGUGACGGAGCCGAAUGGGCGGUUGGUGGAGCAACUGCCGCUUUUACACUUUCCCACCGCACACGGCGAGGCUGAGUUGCAGGAGGAUGAACCACAACACCGCCAAGACGAUGAGGAAGAAGAGGGUGCCGUGUUGGAGGCGGGCAAUGGAGAGGGGAUGCAUCAUAAUGGCCAUCAACAACUGGGCGCAGCAGGGGACGAAGCAGAAGCAGAGUUGUUUGAUGCAUCGAAAGAUACGGCACUUAUACGGCAACAACGGGAGCUGCAGCAAAUGGCACAACUCGAUGAAAUUGUUUCUGGUGGAUUACGACUCGCCGGCGUACCCCGUUCCUUGUGGUUUAACCUCACAUUGCUGGAGCAAAUUAAGGAGAAGAACAUGCCACUAUUACCACCUAAGAAGCGUGACAUUCCCUUCUUUCUUCCCACAACACAAGAACUACGUCCUACCUUCCUUGUAUUGGCGUCUGCGGGAAAAAGUGGGGAGGCUGCGGUAUCGCAGACGCAUGUUGUUGGCGCAUCCCUUUCAGAAUUGACGCAAGUGCAACGCAUGUUGAUGGAAGACGCGCAUGACGACUUGAUGAUCUACUUGCUUGCGCUGAAGACCCCACAAGCCAUUGACUUGGAGAUUAAGCGUGCUGUGGAGUAUACCGAUGGUGUUUCCUACUCGAAGGAGGAACUAGACCGUAUCAUGAGGUGUGUCCACAGGCUUUUUUCUUUUAUCGCAAUGUGGCUACGGCGACGUGAAAACGUGGACCUCGUGCAAGGUAUUUUGGCCGAUGUUAUCCGUUCCCAUGGCGCACUGUUAACCAGAUGUGGGGGGGAUAUGGUGGAUGUGCUUGAGGAAGUGGCGCAGCUGCAGAACGCGGUGCGGCAUAGCAUGGACCACUUGGUGGGCUACCCGAGCUGCCUGGUUGGUACAUUUUCGGGUUCACUCUUUUAG